AUGCCUGUAGAUUCUUUAGUUGGUGUUUAUUCUGUAGAUAAUAAGAAAAAACCAGCCUCAUUAAACCAGUUGAACGCAUACAACAGAAGCUCAAAUAAUCAUAAUCUUCUGAGUCAGGGACCUUGGGCAAACCUGACCCAUCCAGGUGUUGACCGUUUCUCUUUACAAGACGUAUCAAACCACUCAAUUCAAACCUCAAUCUCAAAUCACUCAAUUCAAACCUCAAUCUCAAGUUACUCGAAUCAAGCCUCAUUCUAUAAGCGGACACGGUUAGAUUCUACUUAUGAUUCCUACACUAGUGAUCGGUGGAACGAAGAUCCGUCUUUUAGGCAUAUUCGUUCAUCGACUCCUCUCAUCUCGUUUGCACAGAACCUCUCAUUAAAUGAAAAUUAUAACCAUGAGACGCCUCUGAAUUUGAUAGUCAAUAAAACGCCCAAAGUCGAUUCAGGUGUUCAAAGUGCACCUUCGAAAGUGCUUGAUUUACGCAAAAAGAACGAUUCAACCCCGAUUUUUCAUCAAGAGACUUUAGAAACAAAUCACAAACUAUCUGAAAUGUAUCAAACUACUCAGAGGGAAAAUUGUGGGCCGUUAAACACCACAAACUCUGGUUCGUGGAUUGAUUUUACAGACGACGAGAUAGAUCCUGACUGGGUCCCCGAUGGUGACGCUACGUUACUAAAUAAUCUAUCAAUUUACGAGUAUUUUGAAAAAUAUAAAAAUAAUAUAUCUGAUAAUGACUCUGAUGCUGAUGCAGAAACCGAAGAAACCAAUGAAACCGAACCGAAAAGUGGAGAACCACAGCCAAAAAAAAGGAAAUUAAAUUUGCGGAUGCAAAAUAAAAUUCUGAAAAUUAAAGGUCUCCCGUACACGAAAGUUGAUGGAAACACAGUCCCAGCCAGACAAGUACAACCACCUUGUAGUUGUAAAAUGCGGUGUUACGACAAAUUUUCGGAACCGGUUCGAAAGCGCUUACUAGCUAGUCUUCUUGAUCUGACGCAGUCUGGGCAAAAUCAAUUUUUAUCAAGUCACAUAGCUGUUAUCAAAACGGUUCGUCCAAAGGUUUUGAUCUCACGACGUGCUCUUACUCGAAUCUAUAGGCUACCAGGUGUACAAGGCGCGGUAAAGGUCUGCAAACGCAUGUUUAUGUCUACUUUUGACCUCAGAGAACGAAAAGUUCGUGUUCUUGCCGAUAAGCUGGUUUUGGGUGCUGGGAUUGCUGGGGAUGACAUGCGAAAAGAUAAUGAAUCGAGGAAGCAAAUUGAUCCUGAGCACGCUGAGUAUAUACUAAACCAUAUCAAGUCGUUUCCAGCCGAAGAAAGCCACUAUAGCCGUGAGAAGUCAUCUUGUCUUUACUUAUCAUCUGAUUUAACGAUCCAUCGUAUGUACGAGCUUUAUCAGGAUCAGUGUGGUGUGGGAAACAUUACUCCAGUUCACUACAAUACCUAUAGGCUUGCUUUUAAUUCGCUGAAUAUUAAAUUUCGAAAGCCAAAAGUUGAUACUUGCAAUACUUGCGACAUGAUUAGGGUUGAGUUACAAGUAGAGAAGAACACUACGAGACGAGACGAGAUACUAACUCGUAGAGAAGCGCAUCAGUUAGAAGCUGAACGCAUGUAUCACGAGAAGAAACAAGAUAGGCUUCGGGCGAAUAAUGAUGAAACCGCUUCUGACGAGGAAAGUACGAGCAACGUUAGAAUAAAUAUUAAAUUAUCCGACAUCCUGGAGUACGCAGCGGGAGGAACACAUUUGGAGGUGGAAGGAGAUCGCGUCUAUCAGUCGAAACAUUUACUGCUGGUUGGUGUGCAAGCUGUGUAUGAGGAUGGAUGGCAGACACUAACCGUCCAGCGUGACAGUGCCUGUAAUUCAGCCGGCUCCGGCAUGCACUAA